AUGCUAAAGCAUCACCUCAUCAUCCAUUUCCUUAUAGCAGUAACACAGUUUCUUACUGGGGUCUUUAUAAAUGGCUUCAUCAUGGUGGUGAAUGUGGUGGACUUCAUCAGGCAGAGAAAAAUGCCUCCUUUGGAUCUGCUCAUUUCCUGUCUUGUGACCUCAAGGAUUUGUCUGCACUUGCACAUCCUACUUGUGCACCUGGUUCUUCUCUCCUUCAUGAACGAGUCAACAUUUGCUGAGUAUUAUAUAACUUUCUUGUUUGUAAAUGACUGGGGGCUUUGGCUGGCCACAUGGCUUGGUGUUUCCUAUUGCACCAAGAUCGCCACCAUCCCACAAUCUCUGUUCUUCUGGCUGAAGAUGAGGAUUUCCAAGCUGGUGCCAUGGCUGAUGCUUGGGUCUACAUUAUAUGCCAUCUUUGUUUAUUUUAAUUCAUACUACACUGCCACUAAUUAUCUCCUCAUCGCUCUUCUGCUGUUGAUUUUCUCCCUAGAGAGACAUGCACAGCAGAUGAGAAGCAUUGCUAUGGGAACCCAGGACCCCUGCAGGGGAGACAUCAUCAGGGCAAUGCUGUCCAUCCUGUCCUUCCUAAUCCUCUACUUCUCCUACUAUACCGUGGGCUUUCUGAAUAUUUUUCAAAUAUUGCAGUUUGGAAGCUACCUCCUUGUAUUCUGCACCUUGGUGGCUGGCACCUACCCAUCUAUACACUCUGUCAUCUUAAUUUUAGGAAACCCUAAAUUGAAACAAAAUGCAAAGAAAUUCCUGCUCUUGGCUCAGUGCAGUUGGUGA